UUCAAUCUUGACUUUUUCCAAUCAGUGAUUAAAAAUCUGUGCUCGAUUAUUUCAUCCUGGCGGCGCAUCCAGGAAGCUAAAUCGAGUGAAGAUCACAGCACAGGCGGAGGAAACGAGACUCUUCCUACAGCAGAGAUGUUCCGCAACCAGUACGACAACGACGUGACAGUAUGGAGCCCACAGGGUCGCAUUCAUCAGAUCGAGUAUGCCAUGGAGGCAGUGAAACAAGGGUCUGCAACUGUAGGACUGAAAUCCAAAACCCAUGCAGUCCUUGUUGCACUAAAGAGAGCUCAGUCUGAACUGGCAGCCCACCAGAAGAAAAUCCUCCACGUGGAUAAUCACAUUGGCAUCUCCAUCGCUGGACUGACGGCUGAUGCUCGGCUGCUCUGUAACUUCAUGCGUCAGGAGUGCUUGGACUCGAGGUUUGUGUUCGACAGGCCCCUCCCCACAUCACGCCUCGUGUCUCUCAUUGGCAGCAAAACCCAAAUCCCAACUCAGAGGUAUGGAAGGAGGCCCUACGGCGUCGGGCUCCUCAUUGCUGGCUAUGAUGACAUGGGACCUCAUAUCUUCCAGACUUGCCCCUCAGCCAACUACUUUGAUUGCAAAGCCAUGUCCAUCGGAGCGCGCUCUCAGUCUGCUCGCACCUACCUGGAGAGAUGCAUGGACAAGUUUUCUGACUGUAAUCUGAACGAUCUGGUCCAGCAUGGACUCCGUGCUCUCAGAGAAACCCUCCCCACCGAGCAGGACCUUACCACUAAGAAUGUUUCUAUCGGCAUCGUGGGGAAGGAGAUGGAGUUUGUCAUUUAUGACGAUGAUGAUGUCGCCCCGUUCCUGGAGGGACUGGAGGAGAGGCCACAGAGAAAGGUUGCCCAGCCCGCAGACGAACCUGCAGCCGCACCAGCACCUGACGAGCCAAUGGAGCACUGAGGCGGUUUUCAGGGGGGGGGCGGGGAAACAACCCGCAGACCAACAACGUGACACUUAAUGCAACUCACCACAGUAACUGAUGGAGGGGAAAGUUGUUGUGUUGACGUGCCACUUGCUAAACUGUUCAUCCAAAUUCUUCUCUGCAAACAUCGACCUGUGUGAUGUUGCUUUUGUAUGAGUAAAUGUACCAUUAUACAAGUAAUAAACUCUUUUUUUGAAUUGUG